GCACAGCCGGGCCAUCCCCCUCUACCCCAUCCACUCCGAACUCCCACCACUAAUCCGAAGCGGCUCCCACGCCCGCCGCCCCGCCGCCACGCCGCCAUGCGGCUACUCCCCUACGCGCCGUCGCCGCGGCCGCCGCAGCGCUCGCUCGCCACCCGCAGGACCAAGCCAGGGCCGCCGUGCGCGCUCCCCUUCCCCGACGCCCUCCGCGCCGCUGCCGCGGCCACGGCGGCCGCCAUGUCCAUCUCCCUCUCCCUCCUCACCGGCGACGCCGUGGGGGCGGAGCGGCCGCGGGGCCCCGAGCUCUGCCGCGACGGGGCCGCCGCCGAGACCAAGGAGGAGGUGAGGAGGAGCGAAGUGGUGACGAACGAGCAGCUCGUGGAGGAGGCGUGGGAGGUGGUCAACGAGGGGUUCCUCCCGGACGCCGGAAGCCGUCCCUGGUCGCCGGAGAUGUGGAUGAAAAAGAAGCAAGAUAUUGUCCAAACCUCAAUCAGAUCCCGUUCCAGAGCCCAUGAUAUCAUUCAGAAAAUGCUGGCUAACCUGGGUGACCCAUACACAAGGUUCCUGACUCCCUCCGAAUUCUCCAAGAUGUCAAAAUAUGACAUGACGGGAAUAGGAUUAAACUUGAGAGAAAUUCCUGACGGCAAUGGCUCUUCCAAGUUGAUGGUAUUAGGGCUCAUAUUAGAUGGGCCUGCCCACUCUGCUGGUGUUAGACAGGGUGACGAACUUUUGUCAGUCAAUGGCAUUGAUGUUAUGGGUAAAUCUGCAUUUGAUGUGUCAUCCAUGUUGCAAGGUCCAAAAGAUACUUUUGUUACAAUUAAGGUUAAGCAUGGGAACUGUGGUCCUGUUGAGCCAUUGAAGGUACAGAGACAACUGGUUGCUCGCACACCAGUUUUCUAUCGAUUGGAGAAAAGAGAAAAUGAGGAUUCAGCUAUAGGAUAUAUUCACAUUAAAGAAUUCAAUGCAGUGGCCAAAAAAGAUUUGGUUAGUGCACUAAAGCGUCUACAGAACUCAGGUGCCUCCUAUUUUGUUUUGGAUUUGAGGGACAAUCUUGGUGGACUAGUCCAAGCUGGGAUAGAGACUGCAAAGCUCUUCCUGAAUAAAGGAGACACGGUGAUUUAUACUGCUGGUCGUGAUCGUCAAGUACAAAAUACAAUUGUUGCUGAAAGGGAACCUUUGGUUACUACUCCUCUUAUGGUACUUGUGAAUAACAGGACAGCAAGUGCCAGUGAAAUAGUUGCUUCAGCACUUCAUGACAACUGCAAAGCUGUUCUGGUCGGUGAAAAAACUUUUGGAAAGGGCUUAAUCCAGUCCGUAUUUGAACUUCAUGACGGUUCUGGCAUUGUCGUCACAGUGGGCAAGUAUGUGACACCAAAUCACAAAGACAUAAAUGGAAAUGGCAUAGAACCAGACUACCGCCGCAUUCCUGAUUUCAAUGAAGCCACCGAGUACCUUUCACGUUGCCGAAGCAAAGAAUUAAGCUGAAUGAUGUGGUUUAUUCUGAAGCUCCUCAGUCAGCUUGUGAGAUGAACAGAUGAACAACUAGUUACAGACUUGGACCAUAAUGGAUGCUUGGGGUUUUGUACAAUGAUCUCUCGGUUGAGCUGAGAGCUGAGUGCUGAAAUGAUAAGCUCUACCUCGAGCGUCGGUACAAGUUUGAACCACUCUGGAGAGCAGCCGUAAGCAUGUAGAAUGGCUUCUGCUGCAGUGCUGCCUUCAGUGGAGGAUUUAUCGAAGUCGCCCCCCUAUAUUCGCUGAUUUAGGCGUCUCUAAUCAUGAUUUGCCUUGACAAUGCUCUGAAUACAUCAACACCAAUAUGUAAAUAGCUUUUGUUCUGUAGUAGUAUGCAGCAAGGUCAUACUGCAACUUUACUUAAAGGAGGUGUAUAUCUGCCUCCGCACAGAAUUGCAAGAGGGGCAUACGACGCGAGAAAAAUGUGAUUUUUCUAUCGCAAACGGAUGGUUUCGCUGGAAUGCUAUCCCUUCAAAGUGAUUCAUUAAAAUGCUAUCCUAAACUGAGGGGUGUUCACCAAAAUACUAUUUUUGGUCUUUUUGUUAAUAGAAAUGAUUUUGCUCUA